UUAACGGCUAGUAACCGUCUUAGUUAACUAACAAAACAUGGUUAAUAACCGUGACAGACAACUUCCUCUACUUGCCGGAAGUUACGUUGUUACGGUUUCAGCCGUGUCGGCAAGGUUGCUGAAACUCAUCCAAACAUUGUUUACGGAUUUUGUACUACUAGUAGUGUUAGCUCAUCUAAUUAUACUUUUCUUUAUCGAUGCCCAAAACGCGACGCUCGUUCAUUCCCAAACCAAAGAAUCGCAGUUCUUUCACUGUUCGAUCUUUGAUUUCGAAUCGAAAUCGAAAUGUAAACUUCCCGAUCAAAGAUCAUAGAAGAAAUGCAUUUACUACGUCGUUUGCCUCAAGCUUCGUCACAGACGAGGGUUCCUCUUCAGAUGGCGUAAGCAUUGAUUUAUUCCAGCCAACAGAAAGARGGAAGGAGGUAAAAAAACAGAAGUGGAUAGAUCGGAAGAGUAAGAGUGUUGAGGAAUGGCAGAAAUUGAGGGAUGAUCUGCAGGAAACGUGGCUUACGCAGGAGGCCGCCAUAGAAGGGAAAGCAUGCGUUCAGUGUGUUGAGCUGGGCCGUGAAGUUAUUGGCACAGUUCGUUGUAAAGACUGUGGCCCUUACCAAUUUUUCUGUGAAGACUGUGCAGUUAGACUUCACUCAGAGAGAUGCUGCUUUCAUCUACUUGAAAAAUGGGAGAAUGGGUUUUACAGACCAUUUUUUAUCCGAAAGUGCAUGGGUUCACCUCCAGAACAGCAUAAACCAACGUGCAUAAGGAAAGAAAAGAUAUUAAACCUGGUUGAUGACAGAGGUAUUCACAACGAAGUUGAGUUCAAGUUCUGCUCUUGCGAAACGGAGGCAGCCACCCUUCUUCGCCAUGGAUUCUGGCCAUUUUCUCCACAAAACCCCCAAACAGCCAUCAGCCUUAACCUGUUAAAUAUCGUGUAUCUGUACAUGAUGGAAUGCCAAGUCUCUCUGAAACGCUCUUGUGCCGUGAUCGGGCUCCUAUCUAAUCCUUUUCACCAAACUAAGGUCAAUGUUCCUGAUGUAUAYAAGAGUCUGGUUAAUAAUGAAUCAUACCAACAGUACUGUCUGUUUAGAUACCAUCUUAAAUACAAAGUCACACCAUGUGAUCCUGGUAAUGUUUGCCMAGCAUGUCCAAAGGGYCCAACAGAAGGACCAACCAUUCAUUCCUUUGAUGCCUGCUUUGGCCUUGUAAGGAAGAAAUCUUCAGGCGAAAGUGUUCAUCCACCUUCACUUGAGGGAAUUUUUUUCUUGCCACAAAAGAAUGUUGAUGAUUUUGUUGAAAGCUAUUCAACAAAUUCAGUGUCCCAAAAAGGAAACAAGGUUUCAUCUGACUGUAAUGAAUUCCACGCAGGUGAGAUACAAUCUGUGAUUAGAUCCAAAGGAAAGUCCAAAGUCU